AUGAGAGUGGUUCACAUCUCAGACACCGUCUCCAACAAGGUUCACAUCUCAGACACCGUCUCCAACAAGGUUCACAUAUCAGACACCGUCUCCAACAAACUUCACAUCUCAGACACCGUCUCCAACAAGGUUCACAUAUCAGACACCGUCUCCAAAAAGGUUCACAUCUCAGACACCGUCUCCAACAAACUUCACAUCUCAGACACCGUCUCCAACAAGAUUCACAUAUCAGACACCGUCUCCAACAAGGUUCACAGCUCAGACACCGUCUCCAACAAACUUCACAUCUCAGACACCGUCUCCAACAAGGUUCACAUAUCAGACACCGUCUCCAACAAGGUUCACAUCUCAGACACCGUCUCCAACUACAACAAGGUUCACAGCUCAGCCACCGUCUCCAACAAGGUUCACAUAUCAGACACCGUCUCCAACUACAACAAGGUUCACAGCUCAGACACCGUCUCCAACAAGGUUCACAUAUCAGACACCGUCUCCAACUACAACAAGGUUCACAGCUCAGACACCGUCUCCAACAAGGUUCACAUAUCAGACACCGUCUCCAACAAGGUUCACAUCUCAGACACCGUCUCCAACAAACUUCACAUAUCAGACACCGUCUCCAACUGCAACAAGGUUCACAUCUCAGACACCGUCUCCAACUACAACAAGGUUCACAUAUCAGACACCGUCUCCAACAAACUUCACAUCUCAGACACAGUCUCCAACAAACUUCACAUAUCAGACACCGUCUCCAACAAACUUCACAUAUCAGACACCGUCUCCAACAAACUUCACAUAUCAGACACCGUCUCCAACAAACUUCACAUCUCAGACACCGUCUCCAACUGCAACAAGGUUCACAUCUCAGACACCGUCUCCAACUACAACAAGGUUCACAUCAGACACCGUCUCCAACAAACUUCACAUCUCAGACACAGUCUCCAACAAACUUCACAUAUCAGACACCGUCUCCAACAAACUUCACAUAUCAGACACCGUCUCCAACAAACUUCACAUAUCAGACACCGUCUCCAACUGCAACAAACUUUCACUCUCUACUUUACACUGCCACCCUGGACGGAGACGCUGGAGGAAAGGCCUGUUACAGACAGAUUGCUCUUGGAGGAAAGGCCUGUUACAGACAGACUGCUCUUGGAGGAAAGGCCUGUUACAGACAGGUUGCUCUUGGAGGAAAGGCCUGUUACAGACAGAUUGCUCUUGGAGGAAAGGCCUGUUACAGACAGAUUGCUCUUGGAGGAAAGGCCUGUUACAGACAGAUUGCUCUUGGAGGAAAGGCCUGUUACAGACAGAUUGCUCUUGGAGGAAAGGCCUGUUACAGACAGACUGCUCUUGGAGGAAAGGCCUGUUACAGACAGGUUGCUCUUGGAGGAAAGGCCUGUUACAGACAGGUUGCUCUUGGAGGAAAGGCCUGUUACAGACAGGUUGCUCUUGGAGGAAAGGCCUGUUACAGACAGGUUGCUCUUGGAGGAAAGGCCUGUUACAGACAGGUUGCUCUUGGAGGAAAGGCCUGUUACCGACAGGUCGCUCUUGGAGGAAAGGCCUGUUACAGACAGACUGCUCUUGGAGGAAAGGCCUGUUACAGACAGGUUGCUCUUGGAGGAAAGGCCUGUAUCGUUUCAGCCGACUGCCAGCUUGUCAACAUCACAGUACCAUGACAAGACAUGGGUUGUGGAAUAUCAGUUUAGAAGCUAAAUACUGUGUUUCUAUUUGCUAGAGACUGUUUUAAUCUAGAGACUGUGUUUCUAUUGGCUAGAAACCGUGGUAUGCCAGUUUAGACUGUGGAUCUAUUGUUGUGCUUGCCCUGAGACCUUGGAUUGGCUGUGGCCAUUUGAUGACAGGAGAGGAGAGCUGAGAGGAGAGAGAGACUAUAGUGUUUCUGUCUGGUCCACAUCACACUGCCCUGAGACUGAUGAUGCUGCUGCCUACUGUACUGUGGAGACAUAACUGCUACAUGACUUAAAUGUAAAUGUCUGGUAUAGAAAUGGGGAGGUUUUAAACUGCCAUUUAAACCUCUUUACUGAAACAACAAGAGGGAUGUUUUCUAGAAGAUGGGGAGGUUUUAACUGUCAUUUAAACCUCUUUACUGAAACAACAAGAGGGAUGUUUUAACUGUCAUUUAAAUCUCUUUACUGAAACAACAAGAGGGAUGUUUUCUAGAAGAUGGGGAGGUUUUUAACUGUCAUUUAAAAUCUGAAACAACAAGAUGGGGAGGUUUUAACUGUCAUUUAAACCUCUUUACUGAAACAAGAGGGAUGUUUUCUAGAAGAUGGGGAGGUUUUAACUGUCAUUUAAAACUCUUUACUGAAACAAGAUGGAUGUUUUCUAGAAGAUGGGGAGGUUUUAACUGUCAUUUAAACCUCUUUACUGAAACAAGAGGGAUGUUUUCUAGAAGAUGGGGAGGUUUUAACUGUCAUUUAAACCUCUUUACUAAAACAAGAGGGAUGUUUUCUAGAAGAUGGGGAGGUUUUAACUGUCAUUUAAACCUCUUUACUGAAACAAGAGGGAUGUUUUCUAGAAGAUGGGGAGGUUUUAACUGUCAUUUAAACCUCUUUACUGAAACAAGAGGGAUGUUUUCUAGAAGAUGGGGAGGUUUUAACUGUCAUUUAAAACUCUUUACUGAAACAAGAGGGAUGUUUUCUAGAAGAUGGGGAGGUUUUAACUGUCAUUUAAACCUCUUUACUGAAACAACAAGAUGGGGAGGUUUUAACUGUCAUUUAAAUCUCUUUACUGAAACAACAAGAGGGAUGUUUUCUAGAAGAUGGGGAGGUUUUUAACUGUCAUUUAAAACUCUUUACUGAAACAACAAGAGGGGGAGGUUUUAACUGUCAUUUAAACCUCUUUACUGAAACAACAAGAUGGGGAGGUUUUAACUGUCAUUUAAAUCUCUUUACUGAAACAACAAGAGGGAUGUUUUCUAGAAGAUGGGGAGGUUUUUAACUGUAAUUUAAAUCUCUUUACUGAAACAACAAGAGGGGGAGGUUUUAACUGUCAUUUAAAUCUCUUUACUGAAACAACAAGAGGGGGAGGUUUUAACUGUCAUUUAAAUCUCUUUACUGAAACAACAAGAGGGAUGUUUUCUAGAAGAUGGGGAGGUUUUUAACUGUCAUUUAAAUCUCUUUACUGAAACAACAAGAGGGGGAGGUUUUAACUGUCAUUUAAAUCUCUUUACUGAAACAACAAGAGGGAUGUUUUCUAGAAGAUGAGGUUUUAAACUGUCAUUUAAACCUCUUUACUGAAACUAGAGGGAUGUUUUAACUGUCAUUUAAAUCUCUUUACUGAAACAACAAGAGGGGGAGGUUUUAACUGUCAUUUAAAUCUCUUUACUGAAACAACAAGAGGGAUGUUUUCUAGAAGAUGGGGAGGUUUUUAACUGUCAUUUAAAUCUCUUUACUGAAACAACAAGAGGGGGAGGUUUUAACUGUCAUUUAAAUCUCUUUACUGAAACAAGAGAAGAUGUUCUAAACUGUCAUUUGUUUACCAGGCUAUAUAAUUGCAUUAGUUGCAAUCGAGUGUUGAGACAUGAACGGUGCAUGUUGUAAAUGUACAUAUCAGAUUAGGCACUUCCUGUGUCUCCAGGUGAUGACAUCAGACCUACAGACAGCACAGUUCUGAUGUCACAGGGAGAGGGGUGAAGUCCAGUUUACCUCCAUCUAUAUGGGACCUCUGGACAGUAAGGAAAGGGAAUAACUGGAAAAAUAUCAAAUCAAAUCCUCACUCUGGCUCAGCAUUAUCAAGGUACAUUAUUAUUGAGGUACAUUAUCGAACAGUUGAGUGUUUACUAAAUAGGGAUCAUUACAUGAUCUUGAAUGUUGGUGCAGCAGCUACUGAGUUAAGAGUUAGGGCUACUGUACUGGCCUUCCGUCUCCAGCUCAUCUGUCUCUGUCCAUCUGUCUCUGUCCAU